GUAAAAUAGGUAUAAAUAUGCUCUGCCGUUCGGUAGCUAAUUUAAAUAAGUUUCAUUUGUUGUGCUGCAAACUUUUAAUUAGAAGAGAAAAUGAUUAAAUUGAUGCUUGUUAUUGCCGUUGUUGCGAGUGUUGCGGUUGCACAACCACAAACAUUUUAUCCGACAGCAUUCUCGUAUCAAAGUAGCUUCAUUCGCCAUGAUCGUCCAUCGUAUGUGGUCAACGAAAAUCAAGGCAUGGAUCGCUUCACAAACGCUCACUUCUCCAAACAAUCAGCGUCGCAACGUUUUGCCAACGACAAUCAAGGCAUGGAUCGCUUCACCAACGCUCAAUUCACCAAACAAUCAACACCACAACGGUUUGCGGUCAACGAAAAUCAAGGCAUGGAUCGCUUCACAAACGCUCCCAUCUCCACACCAUCAGCAUCGCAACGGACUUUCACCAACGAAGAAAAUCAAGGCGUGGAUCGCUUCUCAAACGCUCAAUUCACCAAACAAUCACAACGAGACGUGGUCAACGAAAAUCAAGAAAUGGAUCGAUUCACAAAUAUUCAGUUCAAACAACCAGCACCACAACGAUUUAUGGACGACGGAAAUCAAGACAUGGACCGCUUCACAAAUGCACAUUUCAACAAACAAUCAAACUUUCCGCGUCGAGAAAAUAACGGACAAUAUGCUCAAUUCACUGCUCAUCGAAACGAUGAAGAUAACGACCGUUCCCGUUUUGAACAUUUCAGAAAACAAUUUUAACAAAUUUUAACGAAUGGAAUGACAUGGAUUAUUAAAAUAAAAUUUGAGAUUAUUGA